GUCACGGUCGACGUCGCGAAAUGCACGACAAGAAAGCCCUACCUCGGCGGCUACCGCCACAAGAAGACGGGCAAGGUCUACCACCACGCGUCCUGCCAGUCCGCCGAGUUCGGGCUGUUGCCCCAGCGCAAGAACGUCGAAUGCCUGCGAAACCGGGACACGCAGACGUACGAGACGAAGACGCGGUCCGCGCAGUCGAACCGCGAGUACGGCACGCAGAUGAAGCGCGAGGACCUGUUGAUGGACGACCGGGGCGACGUCGUGCGCGCGUCGCGCCGCUACUUCACGGCCGCGCAGCUCCUCGAGCUCAAGCGGCAGAAGACGCAGGUGCUCCAGUGCUUCUGGCGGGGCUACCUCGCGCGGCGGCGCACCUGGGGCAUCCGCCAGCGGCUCUACGACGCCCAGGUCGCCGAGGAGCGGGGCGCGGACGAGGCCGGGCGGGCCGCGAGCCGGCGGCGCCAGUUCGAGGUCGAGCGCCGCAUCAACCCGCGGUCCGCGAAGGACUUCGAGCUGUUGUACAACGAGCUCGAGGCCUGGCGCGCCAAGGAGAUGGAGCGCGUGCGGGCCAUCCCCGACGCGACGCCCGGCGACGUGAAAGCGGCCAUGUCCGACGUCCUCGCGAAGGAGACGAAAGCUUUGCAGACCAUCGACCGCCUCAAGGCCCAGGCCGCCAAGGAGGGCAAGGCGCGGCGCGUCGAGCGCGUCAUGGAACUGAUGGCUUUCCCCAAGAAGUGGGAGGCGGGCGACGGCGAGUUGCACGAGGUGCACACGCCGUUCACGACGCGCGCGCAGGAGCUCCGGGACCUGUACCGGGGCCUGGCCACGGACCGCCUCCCGCCCGACGAGCGGCUCCAGAUCCUGCUGAACGUCAAGUGGACCGUCCAGGAGUUCGCGUGCCCGCUCACGCACGACAUCGUCGAGCUGUGCGACCGCGAGGCGGACCUCCUCAACCGCGGCCGCAACGAGAAGUCGCUCGAGGGCCUGCGCAAGCGCACGGAGACCCUCUUCCAGCAGUUCAUCGAGACGCCGGACUUCAACCCGGAGUCGACGCGCUUCCUCAAGGUG